AUGAAGCAACCUACUGGAUUUGUUGAUGCUCAGUUCCCUCAUUUUGUUUGCAAAUUAACCCGAUCAUUAUAUGGCCUCAAACAGGCACCACGGGCAUGGUUUUCUUGCUUCUCCUCAUACCUUGAAGAACUUGGUUUUGUCUCUUCCAUGGCUGACUCUUCCCUAUUUGUCUACCAUUCUGGAACUGUGCUAAUUUAUUUAUUAAUCUAUGUUGAUGAUAUUCUGAUCACGGGCAAUAAUUCAUCCUCUAUUGCUACACUUAUUACUCAAUUGGGCAAACUAUUCUCUAAGAAAGAUCUGGGCAAUCUUCAUUAUUUUUUGGGUAUUGAAGUUCAACGUUCUACUGCUGGUCUCUCCCUCACUCAAUCUAAAUAUGCUCUGGAUCUCUUACGCCGCACAGAUAUGCUUGAUGCCAAACCCUAUGCCACUCCAGCUGUUAGUGGUAAACGUUUGAGCAUUCAUGAUGGUGAUGUCUUAUCUGAUCCUACUGUUUUUCGAAGUGUUGUCGGCGCCCUUCAAUACCUCACAAUCACACGUCCGGAUAUUGCCUUUGCUGUUAAUCAAGUUUGUCAAUUUUUACAUAAGCCUACUACCACACAUUGGGUUGCAGUAAAACGUAUUCUACGGUACAUCAAGAAAACUCACAAUCAUGGUCUCUUUUAUAGGCCUGGUUCUUUAAAUAUAAAUGCUUUCUCUGAUGCGGAUUAUGCUGGAGAUCCAGAUGACCGAAUCUCUACUGGUGGCUCUUGCAUCUAUUUGGGUCCUAAUCUAAUAUCUUGGUCUUCUAAGAAACAAGGAGGUGUCUCUCGGUCAAGCACAGAAGCUGAAUAUCGUCAACUUGCUUAUACAGCAGCAACCAUUUCAUGGUUUCGCCAUCUCUUCAAAGAUCUCAAAUUGCCUCUCUCUUGUCCAACUUUAUGGUGUGACAAUAUCAGCGCUCUUUCUCUAGCAUCUAAUCCAGUAUUUCACACUCGGACUCGCCAUGUGGAGGUCGAUUAUCACUAUGUCCGUGAAAAGGUGGUUCGUCGUGAGCUUACUGUUCACUAUCUCUGCACAACUAAUAUGAUUGCAGAUCUAUUUACCAAAGGUUUGCCAUCUGCUAGAUUCUCUUCUCUAGUUCUCAAGCUUCCUGUUUGUGCACGCCCCGUCAGCUUGCAGGGAGGUGAUAACUCAAUGGAAAUUGAUAACGGUAAAUCAUCUAUUAAAGAUUGA